CAAAGCUUCACCCAUUUUCAGAACCUUCAUCAAUGGCGAAUGUACGUGACGAGUUCGGCAACCCGGUCCAGCUGACCGACGAGCGAGGGAACCCGGUUCAGCUGACUGACGAAUUCGGCAACCCCGUGCAACUCACUGGAGUUGCCACCACUGGGUCCCAUCCCGUUGGGAACCCGGUUCAGAUGAGUGAGGAAUUCGGCAACCCCAUGCACCCGACCGGAGUUUCCACCACUGGGUCCAAGCCCGUUGAGAACCCGGUUCAGAUGAAUGAGGAAUUGGGCAACCCCAUGCACCCCACCGGAGUUGCCACCACUGGGUCCAAGCCCGUGUCCAGUGGCGGGGACGUUGUUGGCAGGACGCAGCCCCUUAGGGAAGGCCAUGAUGCCUCGCUGGCUCGUUCUAGCAGCUCCAGCUCUAGCUCGUCGGAGGACGACGGGCAAGGUGGGAGGAGGAGGAAGAAGAAGGGGUUGACGCAGAAGAUAAAGGAGAAGUUAACAGGAAAACACAAGGAGGCAGGGACGACAACGACGGGGGCGGGGCAUCACCAGAGCACCACCGUGACAUCGACGGUGGACGUCGAACACCAAGAACAUGGGAAGAAGGGGGUUCUUGAGAAGAUCAAAGAGAAACUUCCUGGCCACCAUUAGUCCACAAAUCUGUGUUGUGUUUGUAUGAAUGAUAUGAUGUGUUUUUAUGGAUUUCGGUGUGGAUAUGUUUCCAACUAUCUUGGAAGUGUGUGGUUUUCUGUCGAAUUUAAUUUGUAGAACUCCUUUUUGUAUAUAUUUUUUAAUUUUAAUUUCUGGUU